UGCCACUUCCGGUCGGAUCAUAUGAUCGACUCCAAACAUUGAGGGUGGAUCUAGAAGUUCACCAAGAUUAGCCGGAAUUUUAAUUCUCAGCGGCCGUUGGUUGUGAUUUACUGUAGGGUCUUAAUUUGACCGUAGUUUGCAAACGGGCAGAACGUUUGACGUGUCACCAGUGAUCUUCGAGAGUCCGUCAAAAUGUCUUUUGAGCAAGAUGAUGAAGACCAGUAUGUAGGUUCGUUUCCGAAGGACUUUGGUUAUGGUGCUUAUGACCAAGAUGGAGACGCUAGUGGCGUUCUCUCUGGAGAACAAAAACCCAGAAUACUCUUGAUGGGUCUCCGAAGGAGUGGAAAAUCUUCAAUUCAAAAAGUGGUCUUUCACAAAAUGUCUCCAAACGAGACUCUCUUCCUGGAAAGCACAAACAAAAUCAUCAAGGACGACAUUUCCAAUUCGUCCUUUGUCCAGUUUCAAAUUUGGGACUUCCCAGGUCAAAUCGACUUCUUCGAUCCGAACUUUGACUCUGACAUGAUUUUCGGAGGAUGUGGUGCUCUUGUCUUUGUCAUCGACGCCCAGGACGACUACAUGGAGGCGUUGAACAAACUGCACCAGACUGUCACCAAAGCCUACAAAGUGAACCCCAGCAUCAAAUUCGAAGUUUUCAUCCACAAAGUGGACGGACUCUCGGACGACUACAAAAUGGAAACACAGAGAGACAUUCACCAAAGAGCUAACGAUGACCUCACUGACUCAGGUUAUGAUCAGAUCCAUCUGAGCUUCCACCAAACCUCCAUUUACGACCACAGUAUAUUCGAAGCUUUUAGCAAAGUGGUGCAAAAACUGAUUCCUCAGCUCCCUAUCCUAGAAAACUUGCUCAACAUUUUGAUCUCCAACUCUGCAAUCGAGAAAGCAUUUUUGUACGAUGUCGUGUCAAAAAUCUAUAUUGCCACCGACUCUUCGCCAGUUGAUAUGCAGAGCUACGAGCUUUGUUGUGACAUGAUUGAUGUGGUCAUUGAUGUCUCAUGCAUAUAUGGUCUGAAAGAAGAUGCUGAAACUGCUGCGUUCGACAACGAAAGUUCCAGUAUCAUCAAGCUGAACAAUGGCACAAUUCUUUACUUACGAGAAGUCAACAAGUUUCUUGCCCUGGUCUGCAUUCUGCGAGAAGAUAAUUUUGACAGAAAAGGCACGAUCGACUACAACUUUUUGUGCUUCAAGCAAGCCAUCCAGGAGGUUUUUGAUGUGCGCAACAAGCAGCUUUCUCUGACUGGCAACAGCACCCACUUGGGCGACCACACAAACGGAGGCGAGGUUGGCGCCGAGCUCGUCAACGGCCAGCAGCACAGUUGAACUGAACCUGCCGAGUGAAAUGCGGAAUUGUGAUCUAUCUAGCCCUCUUGUAGAUUUCGCCCCACAUGCUAGCUGUCAGCUCUUAUUUUUAUAUGAAAAGGUAGGAUUUCUUGUAUAUUUUGUGACAUCACCACUCUCGAAACUUGCCCGUCACUUUUCCCUAGAUGACAAUAAUUAUUUAUUCCAAUGUGCUCCAGCAGCUAGAUGUUUUAUUUUUGACGUUUUAUUUAUUCAAUAAUCUUCCCACGCAGACAAAACGAAAUCUAUAUCAAAUGAGCUUGCCAGGCGCACUUUGUGAAAGAGAGUGGCAGUGAAAAAUAUUAUUAUAUUUGUGUUCUCCAUUGAUACACAUUGAUAUAAUAUACGUAUUUGCGGAUCUAAUAAUUAUUGACGAUAUCUUCUAAUUUAGUUAUCAAUUAGUUCCAUACCCUUUUUUAUUCAUAGCUUGAAAGCAAUACUCUAGCUCUUAUAUUGUCAGGAUCACGCCAUGCUUUUAAUUUACACAAAUUUCUUCAAUUAUUUUAUCUGUUUUCAAUUACAAUUUUGUCAGUGCCAUAAGUUUUUUAUGACGAAUGAUUUGCCCAAAAACUUAUAAUCACAUAAUUAAUAUUAAAAAAUCAUACGAUUGUUGUGUUUAUGAAUUGUACUAAGACCACUACUAUUUUUGUUAAAUAAAAGCCAGCGUUUAUCAUCAGAUUUAAAUAUAGCUGCUUUUA